CGAGGUUGUACGCUAUGACAUCGACACUUGCUCCGUGACUCGUGGAAGAAGCGGACCCUGCACGGACAAAUGGACAGCAGGGGCAACAUACCAUGCACACACGUGUCAAGAGCUCAGACCUGGCUGCAGGGGCAUGGCGACUUACCCGCCUCUCUAAAUGCUGUGGCAGUAACUCUUCGGCGAGGAGAGACCGGGUUGAAUCAGAAACAAAACAGCACAGUGCAAACCGGCGAUUUCGAUGAUGUGUGCCUCGUGCGUUCUCAGUCACCGAUAGCUUCUCGCUGGUCGAUGCAGAUCAGCUCGGCCUCAGUCGCAUCACCAUCGUCAGAGGGGAGGUCCUGGAUCAGCUUGCUGAGGAAGAGAGAGUCCUUGCCGUUGCCACACGUGGCGUCCACAGCCCUGCCGGCGCCCUAACUGACGACAGCAUGCCAGAGAUCCAUCCAUCCGUCCAUCCGUCUGUCCAUCGCUCGCUUUGUCCAUUCUCGUCUGUAGGCUUACUGGGCGUCAACUUGGUUGAACACAUUCGGGGGGGCAGCUGAGAGUGAAGGCGCCAUGGUGAAGGCGCUUGUGAGUGGUGACAGGGAUUCGAUCUGUUAAUUCAGCCGCACACAUUCGUAGCACUCAUAUGCGGUAACAGAGGAUUUGUCCCGGGCGCCGUGGCUGCAC